ACUCAAGAAGAAGGGAUGAACGAAGGAUGGGAGAAGAGCUCAUUACUUCAUGAAUAGGUUCAGGACCUUUAGGAGCCCUAAGGUGACUGACCUUGCCGCUGCUGUGUAUAUAUAUAUGCCGCCAUCCACCGGCACCACCACACACCCGGCGCUGCCUUCACCACACACACACACACACGCCUCGCUUACUGCCGCGUAUCUUACUGGAAGUGAAGUGAUAAACGUACUGCAAGAUCUUCCAAACAUGGCCGGAGUGACUCAGAAUGUUGUGAUGAUGGUCCUCCUGGGUGUGGUCAGCGCCACCUACCUCGAUGGACCUCCGGCUCCGGUGUCCAACCAGAUCUCCUCCGUUCGUAGCGGAGGAUUUGGUGGUGGUAACGGUGGAGGUCCUGGAGGAUUCGCUGGCGGAGGCCAAGGAGGUUUCGGCGGUGGCGGAAAUGGCAAAUAUGGAGGAGGAAGUGGAGGAUUCGGUGGCAGUGUGGGAGGUGGAAAUGGCGGAUACACUGGCGGCGGUGGAGGAUUUUCCAGAGGAAGCAACGGAGGCUUCGGAGGGGGCAGCGGAGGAUAUGGUGGAGGCUCCGGUGACCCCAUUGCUGACCUUGCGGCUGCCAUUGGUGGAGGUGGUGUCCCAGGCAAAGAUUACCCUAUUCUGGCCUAUGUCCCAAAUACCGGCUUUUCCUGUGACGGUCAACUACCCGGUUACUAUGCUGACACGGCCCCAGAGGCCGGAUGUCAGGUAUUCCACAUCUGCCAAGCUGGUGGAAGGAUGGACUCUUUCCUCUGUCCCAACGGCACCAUCUUUAACCAGCAGUACUUCGUGUGUGACUGGUGGUACAACUUCGACUGUUCCACCGCCCAGCAGUUCUACGGUCUCAACGCAGAAAUAGGAAAAUCAAGCUACAGUGGUGGAAACGGUAACGGCAUCAGUAGCUACAGCGGUAAUAGCGGAGGAUUUGGUGCUGUUGUCAACCAACAGGGACAGUUCUCCAGCGGUGUCGGCGGAAGUGGGAAUGUUGGCGCUCCUUCACAGUCUUACGGAGCACCGGCCAUUAACGGCAACGGCAGAGGUGGCAACAGAAACCUUGGCUUCAACAGCGGUGGCGGUGGCAGGAACGGGGGCACUGGCAACCGGAAUAUCCAACCCCCAUCUGCCCUCUAUCAACUACCUACCAAAUAAGCUCUUGCGUUGAUUUUACGGAGCAAAAUUAUCUUGAUUGCUAUAUGUUCUCGCCACAUAUAUUGAUCAUCAAAUAAUGUUUCUGAUAACUAACUAUAUAUUUUAGAAUAUAAUGAAGUCUCAAGUUUUGUUAUUAGAUUCAUUGUUUGGUGGCUGAUUGAAAUUCACAGCUUCUUCUAUUUUUUUGUACUAAUAUGUCAUUUGUCAACGAUUACAAUGUUACAUUAAUUUUCCCUCUUCAGGAAGUAUUUUACAAUGGAAUGUUAUAUUCUUGCUCCCGUGCCAUACGACAGAAAUGAGAAUAACAUUUAUUUCAUUUUAUUUCUGCUUUGUUAAUAAAAUUGUAAUGU